GGAUAAAAUCACAGGUUAACUUAUUCCAGGAUUGUAGUUUAAUUUUUAUCCCACAUUGAGGGCGGAUAACAAUUCUGGGAUACUUGUUCCCCAACCAAAAAAACCCUUUGUUUUUACACUUCCAAGGGUUUCUUGAUUGGGAUUGUUAAAAUGGAGAGACUAACAAUGAUGUUGAGGGAGAAGAUCAGUUCGAGAAGAGGAAAGAGAGAGUAAUUGGGAAAUGGGAUAUUUUCAUUUCUCUGAUAAAAACUUGCAUUUUGUAUCCAUACAUCUAUAUAUAUAAUCAACUAACUAAGCUAGCUUAGACUAAGAUCAGUUAUUACUGACUAGCAAAUCCUCUAAAUAACAAUGUAAACUCCUAACAUCACUCUAACAAUGUAUAAUCACCUACUGCCUAUCUUCUUAUAACUUCUACUGAGUUUUCUUCCAGAUCUGGACCAUCUGUUAGUGUUCAAUAUAUGAUCUUUUGUACCGUUUUGACAUUUUGAUUUCUGAGGCAGAGAUAUCUCUCGUUUUGGAAGUGCUUUGCUUCUAAAACGAUUACUUUUGUUCUCAUCAUGACCAAAAAAGUGAUUACUUCUUGUUCUGAGCUUCUGAUAGAUUUGAAAUAGUAUAUUUGCAAUGUGACUUCAUCUGUGGUAUCUAAUUCUAUUUAAAGAAGAUGAAUUGUUACCUUCGACUUUUCAUCUGCUUGGCUUUUAAGUUUCACUUUUCAUAAGAAUUUCCUAAGAAUGAGACAGGGUACUCAUGUUUCAAACAGCUACAAGUGUGAACUAUAUAUAUUCUUUAUUUGGUCAUAGUCUUUUGUUAGAGUCAGAUACCCAAGUUUCUGCAUAAAGCAUUUUCUUUAUAUAGUUUGCAAUUUAUCUGGGUGCAGAUGGUGCAGACACCACUUCAUGUUGCUGCUGGUUACAAUAAUGUUGAAAUACUCAAGUUUUUGCUAGGUUGGUCUGGCCCAGAAAAGGUGGAAAUGGAAGCCAAGAAUAUGUACGGAGAGACCCCUUUGCACAAGGCAGCCAAGAAUGGGUGUAAUGAAGCUGCAAAGAAGCUUCUUGCUAAUGGUGCCCUUGUUGAAGCCAAAGCAAAUAAUGGGAUGACUCCAUUGCAUCUUGCUGCUUGGCACUCGCUACGAGUUGAAGACUGUUGUACGGUCAAGACAUUGUUAGAGCAUGAUGCUAAUUGUAGUGCCGAAGACAUUGAGGGCAUGACUCCUAUAAAUCAUCUCUCUCAAGGACCUGGCAAUGAAAAAUUGCGAAUACUUCUCAAUCGGCAUCUUGAAGAACAAAGAAAACGUAAAGAUAUUGAAGCAUGUGGCCAGACAAAAGCAAAAAUGGAUGAACUUGAAAAUGAAUUGUAAAUAGUUGGCUUACAUGAGCUUAAGCAGCAACUCCGCCAAUGGGCUAAGGGGAUGCUCUUGGAUGAGCAGCGUCAGGCCCUAGGUCUUAAAGUUGGUGCAAGAAGACCACCACAUAUGGCUUUUCUUGGAAACCCUGGAACAGGGACAACUAUGGUUGCUAGGAUUCUUGGGAAGUUGCUUCAUAUGGUAGGAAUUCUUCAAACUGACAAGGUGAUGGAAGUGCAGAGAACAGACCUGGUUGGUGAAUUUGUUGGUCAUACAGGACCAAAGACAAGAAGAAAGAUCCAAGAAGCUGAAGGGGGGAUUCUUUUUGUUGAUGAAGCCUAUAGAUUAAUACCUAUGCAGAAGUCAGCUGAUAAGGACUAUGGUUUGGAAGCUCUAGAGGAGAUAAUGUGUGUCAUGGACAGUGCGAAAAUUGUAGUCAUUUUUGCAGGCUAUAGCGAACCAAUGAAGCGUGUAAUCUCCUCUACUGAAGGCUUUUGCAGAAGAGUUACAAAAUUCUUUCAUUUUGAAAACUUUAGUUCGAAGGACCUAGCUAAAAUUUAUCAUCUUAAAAUGAGUAGUCAAGGUGAGAGCAGCUUGUUAUACGGAUUUAAGUUGAGUCCUUCAUGUAGUAUUGAUGCUGUUGCAGCACUUACCGAGGAAGAAACCACUGAAAAACAGCGCAAGGAGAUGAAUGGAGGUCUAGUGGAUCCAAUGCUUGUUAAUGCAAGAGAAAAUUUGGAUUUGAGACUCAGUUUCGAGUGUAUAGAUUCGGAUGAGCUACUUACAAUCACAUUAGAGGACCUAAAAGUUGGUUUGCAAUUGCUGUCAAAAUGAAUGGAACAAGACAUGACUUGAUUUGUAUAAAGAUUUUUGAAGAAAUUUUCUGAUUCACCAGUGGAAGCCUGCCAUAAUUAGUUCAUUGAAUUUAUGUUUCACAUUCUUUCUUGUUUAUUGAUAGGCUAAGGUUAGGCUGUAACAAGCUAGAUAAAUACUACUUGUAUUCCAAUUUGUAUAACGAGAAUAUCUAAUUUCAGUACACCUUCAUUUGAUCCA